AUGCGUGCAUUGGCAAUUCUCUAUAUUGGUCCUAAUAAUUACCCUGAUUUCAGCCGUGAGCAUCUUCUUUCACCUAUUGUUGGACCUGAUGAAUUGCUUGCACAAUUUCCAAAAACGUAUCUAAUGUGCGGUGAAAAAGAUCCGCUCGUUGAUGAUACUGUUGUAUUUGCAGGACGUAUACGUGAUGCUAAGAGAAGGAAAAAGCAGUUAGGAAAUAGUGGGAGAUUUGGUGAAAGGCUACGAAUAAGCAAUCUGAACAAUGGUACUGUUGUAUCGGAAGAUUCUGAAGACUGGGUUGAAGUGAAAAUCAUUCAAGGUGCUAGUCAUGCAUUUUUACAGAUGCCAUCACUAUUGCCAGAGAAUAAAGGUGCCAUCAGAGUUUGUGCUUUAUGGUUACAUGAAUGUUGCCAAAAUAAAUCAUCGGACGAUAUAAACACAAACUGUACAGAAUUAAUUCAUGAAGAUGAAGGUUUGACAUUCACUUCACGUCAUUCAAAAAAUAGUGGUAUUUCUAAUUUUAAAGAAAAUGAAAACGGAGAUUUGGUUGUCCAAGAACCAGACCAAAUCCAAGAUUCCACAACAAUAAAUAAUUUACAUGUAUCACAAUCAGUUCCAAACUUAUUACCACAAUCAAAUGAUAAUAUACAAAAAUCAACAACCACUACAGUUUUGGCACAUGGACACGAACUUUGGGAACAAGCAAAUAUAUUAAAUGAGAAUGAAAUUUUAAAAAGACGACGAGAAACUUUGGUUAGAAAUUUAGCAGAAGGCUGUGGCACUACCACCACCCUCGAACAAUCUGUAUCGGAAAAAGUAACUAAAUAG